CGCGCACACACACACGCACUCAGCAGCAGAACUGGGAGGAGAAACCAGCAACAGGCAACGAGAACUUCGAGCACUGUGAGGUUUCGUGCAUCUACGGGUGAAGAUGAGCGACGCCGGUCAGCCCAAACUUGAACUUUUCGUGAAGGCAGGAAGCGAUGGUCAGAGCAUCGGCAACUGUCCUUUCUCUCAGCGUCUCUUUAUGGUGCUGUGGCUUAAGGGAGUCACCUUUGACGUUACCACAGUGGAUAUGAAGAGGAAGCCAGACAUCUUGAAGGACCUGGCACCGGGUGCGCAGCCUCCCUUCCUGUUAUACGGCAACGAGGUGAAAACUGACACCAACAAGAUUGAGGAGUUCCUGGAAGAGCAUCUCUGCCCUCCAAAGUAUCCUCGUCUGGCUGCUCGUAACCCAGAGUCCAACACGGCAGGCCUGGACGUCUUCUCCAAGUUCUCUGCCUACGUCAAGAACUCAAACCCUCAGACCAAUGAAAAUCUAGAGAAAGGCCUCCUGAAGGCUCUGAAGAAGCUAGACGACUACCUCGGCUCUCCACUUCCUGAUGAGAUUGACGAGAAUAGCGCCGAUGAGCUCACUUCCUCGUCACGCCCUUUCCUGGAUGGCCAGGUGCUCACUCUGGCUGAUUGCAACCUGCUGCCUAAGCUCCACAUCGUGAAGGUGGUGUGCUUGAAAUACAGAAACUUCACCAUCCCUCAGAGUCUGACAAACCUCUGGAGGUACCUGAACGCCGCCUAUGCAAGGGAGGAGUUCUCUUCCACCUGCCCGGUUGACGAGGAGAUCUACUUUGCCUACUCCUCUGUAGCUAAAGCUCUCAAGUAGGGAUAGAACAGGGGGUUACAUGUUCUGAAUAUACCAGCAGAGCAACAUAGGAAAGCACAAAAUACACACACACACACACACACACAUGAAUAUUCACUCUGCAAGCAGCAUGGUCGAUGCUUUUCUUUGUAAACUGGAGCGCUGCAGCAAUCUUUUGUUACGCCUGCAGGCUAAUUUCUUGCACCCUUAUACGCCAGUAUCACCUUUCGCAGAGUUGGCGCUAGUUUACAUUGUUUUUUCCCACCUGAAACUGGGUCGGUUUACAUCAGCAAAGGGAAACGAGGAAGCUCGGGAAAGCGCAAGUGAAAGCAAUUACAUGCAAGAAAACUUUUAACCCCGUUAAACUUCCUCCUCCGAUGGGUUCUUUCACGUGUCACGUUCUCCGGUUGCCGACCACGUUGCUCGCAGGAGCGCACAUCCACAUCGUCAUCGCACUCUUCUAACUACAGCCCUGCUUAUGUACAGUUUCACCAUGAGCAGAUACACACUGACGCUUCUUGUUCCUUUCUUCUUCAAGACAGUUGCUACAGUAUGUUUUGGGUUUUUUGUUGUUUUUCCUGGUAGUAAUUUCAACAGACACAAAGCUGCCUGACAGAUCAAACUUUUCAUAUGUAACGUUGCAGGCUUCCCCCAGGCAGAUUCAGCUCUCGUUUCUCUGGUUAAGGAAGUGAAAUUUGCAUAUCAGCUCCAGAUCACCUGCCAAAGAGUCUUUUGUACUGAGCCUUUCACGUGGACUUUAUUUCGUUACUGAGGGUACAAGGCCUUUUUACAGUACAAAAUCUUUUUUAUCCUUUAAUUAAAAGCCAAGUUUUGUCUAAGUGUUAGAUUGCUUAUUCUUUGUAGUGCACCUCAGAGAGGAAAGGGGUGCAUACCGGGUCUCGCUGAAGAGCUGAAAACAGUUACAGAGACAGGAAACUGUUUCAAUAGAGGCGGGCUUCCCCUUUCUGUGCUCCCACACAGCAGGCGUGAAGGAUUAUUUAAGAUUACCAAGCAUCUAUGUGAUCCGCUGUGAGGGCCCAUUGCCAGUAAUUUAUUCAGUGCUGCCCAGUGGGUAUUGAAGGAGGCGCUGGAUGAAGCGUAUUUGUGUUUCUCACUGUCAGUUA